GUUUAGAACGUUUCUCGUUAGGUGAUUCAACGAAGAGAAGAAGAGGGGGUCGUCAAUGACCUCGCUACUCCUCCUCAGAACGCUCCCGCUCCUCCGCAACGGUUUUCUCAACAGCCGUCAUCAUCAAUUAAGCAUCGCAUCAUCGGCGUGUUUCUUCUCUCGCCGGCGCCGUCUGUUGUCGUGUUCUCUUUCUGAUAAACCGCAGUUUCGGGAGGAGGAUGAUUCUCCCGUGAAAGUGAACUCGACGGCGGCGCCUGUUGAUGACGAGAAUUGGCGUUAUGAAGAUCCUGAUUAUCGCAAGUGGAAGAACCUUGAGGCGGAGAUACUCGGAGACGUCGAACCUUCAGCUCUUCUCGCUAAAGAUAUUCUUCACUCCGAUAGAUAUUUGGAUGGGGAACGCUUGGACUUUGAGGAUGAGAAAAUUAUCAUGGAAAAGCUUCUUCCCUUUCACCCAUACGCUAAAGAUAAAAUUGGCUGCGGUCUUGAUUUUAUUAUGGUUGAUCGCCAUCCUCAGUUCAGGCACUCGAGGUGCCUGUUUGUUGUGAGAACGGAUGGUGGGUGGAUAGAUUUCUCCUACCAGAAGUGUCUUCGAGCCUAUGUUCGAGAUAGGUACCCGUCUCACGCCGACAGAUUUAUUCGUGAACAUUUUAAGCGCGCUAGUAGCUAAAACUCAUUACUGGAGAUGAUGUUCUGUUAAUACCGUCCCAAUACAACAGCGAAUAUUCUCAUAUACUUUUUGCUGCUUACCGUUAGCGAAAGAAGUUACACAAAACGA